AACUCACCCGAGAAAAUGGAAAAUAAAAUAAAAGAUUGCUUGAAUCCUCGAAAGAGAUUCAUCGGUUCUUUCCCAUUUCAUCCCGCCAUCGUCGUUCUCGUCGGUUUUCUCAGCUCAAACCCUAGCUACCAAAUCAUUUCCUUCAACUCAAUUCUUCCUAUCAGAAAGUUCAUGGCUACCUUAAACGGGAAAGUUACAUAUUCUUCCCUUUCUAAUGUUGGAAAGGUGAACAGAGUUCACAAUGAUGAUGAAGAUUGUGAUUCUCUAUGGGCCAUGCCUAAUGGUAGUGCGCCCUUUCAGAACUCAAAGUUUUCUGUUGAAUCUGAAGACUUUAUUGAGGAUGAAUGCGAUUCAAGUGACGAGUUUGAUAUUCCAAAGCAAAAUAGUGUGCGUCCUGAGGUGAAUUUAAAGAAUGUUUUAAAUGGGAUGUUUGCUAUAUUGACUGGUGCGAAUAAACCUUCGGAUGUCUCCUCGGAUAAACAAGUUCCUAGUUCAAAUAUUUCAUUUCUUGGUUCUGAAAAGAAUGGUGAUACCUAUUUGCACUCCUCGGUGUACAUUCCUAGUGCCCCACCUCUUCUCGAGCCGAAUAUGAUUAAUUAUACUGCUUAUAAAGAUGUUUUGGAGGCUGAGCCCCCAGAAUGGCUUCCAGAUAGUUCUUCUUCAAUUUGUAUGCAAUGUACUGCCCCUUUUACUGCAAUCACUCGCGGUAGGCAUCAUUGUCGAUUUUGUGGAGGGAUUUUCUGCCGAGCCUGUUCAAAAGGGAGGUGUUUGAUGCCCGUUAAGUUCAGAGAGAGAAAUCCACAGAGGGUAUGUGAUGCCUGCUAUGACAGGCUUGAUCCUUUACAGGGUGUACUUAUUAACAGCAUUAGCAAUGCUGUGCAAAGGGCGAAACAUGAUGUGAUGGACUGGACGUGUUCAAGAGGGUGGUUGAAUCUUCCUAUUGGUCUGUCCAUGGAACAUGAGAUAUACAAAGCAUCCAAAACGCUAAGAGGAUACUUCCAGGUCUCUAGACUAAAUCCUGAAAAGUCUAUACCCUUGGCUGUACUGAAGGGGGCCAAAGGUCUUGCUAUUUUGACAGUCGCUAAAGGUGGAGUGUUGGUGGCUUACAAAUUUGGCACUGGUUUGGUAAUUGCCCGAAGGUCGGAUGGUUCAUGGUCUGCCCCAUCAGCUAUAUUAUCUGUUGGAUUGGGAUGGGGUGCCCAGAUUGGUGGUGAGCUCAUGGAUUUCAUAAUCGUGCUUCAUAAUUCAAAAGCUGUCAAGACAUUCUGCAGCCGAAUGCACUUUUCUCUUGGUGCUGGGUGUAGUGUUGCUGCUGGACCUGUUGGUAGAGUGUUGGAAGCAGAUCUUCGAGCUGGAGAUAGAGGUUCUGGCAUGUGCUAUACAUAUAGCUGUAGCAAAGGUAUCCUGAUUAGAUUGUGCAUUUUCUGUUUAACUUGGAAGUUUUUUUUCGACAGCACUCUUGUUUCUAGCUCAUCUGAGAACUAAAUUUGCCUCGAAUGUUUGUCUCUUGCCCUGAGUGUUCCAUAAGUUAGCUUUUGCUAUUUCAAGAGUUUGCUGAGCUUCUUUUGGAUCAAUGUCAUUAGCCUUCUCUGCAUCAUUUACUAAAAUAGUGACCUCAUUGUUGCCUAUUCUAGAAUGUUUCUCAUAACAAAAGCAUUGUAGCCUAUUCUAGCAAAACCAUGUUAUACGGAAGCCUAAAUAGACCUUAAUGAGGAUGGUAUCAGAUCAUUGGAAUGGCAGCAAUUCAUAGUAUACCAA